GGUUUUUGGAGCUCACCAGCCCAAGUGACCUGCACUCUCGUUCACCAUCAUUAGCCCAGUCCAUAGUUGCAGCAUGAUGCAGACGAUCGCUAAGCGCUCGGCCACCGCAGCCAAGGCCAACGCGCGUCGCGCCUUCUCGAACGCCGCCGCCGCCGAGGCUGGCAAGGAGCGCCUCGUGCUCUUCGACACGACGCUGCGCGACGGGGAACAGUCACCCGGCGCUACGCUUAACUUCAAAGAGAAGCUGGACAUCGCUCGUGCUUUGAGCACGCUGGGCGUGGACGUGUGCGAGGCUGGAUUCCCCAUCUCGUCUCCGGGUGACUUUGACGCCGUGUCAGCCAUUGCCAAGGAGAUUGGCCCCAUCACAGCCGGCCGUCCUACGGGCGAGCCCAUGACUAUCUGUGGUCUUGCUCGCGCUAUGGAGAAAGACAUUCAGCGCUGCUACGACGCUGUUAAACACGCGCCCAAGCACCGCAUUCACACAUUCCUGGCCACGUCCGACAUUCACCUCCAGUACAAGCUUAAGAUCUCGCGUGAUGAGUGCAUUCGUCGUGCUGUGGACGCCGUUAAAUUCGCCAAGAGCCUGACGCCGGAUGUUGAAUUCUCCACGGAGGAUGCUGGACGCAGUGACCCCGAUUUCCUAUGCGAUGUCCUCGCUGAGGUCAUUAAGGCCGGCGCCACCACGCUUAACAUCCCCGACACUGUCGGCUACACAGUCCCAGGCGAGUACGGGUCGCUUUUCAGCUACCUGAUCGACAACACGGAGGGCAGCGACAAGGCCAUUUUCUCCACGCACUGCCACAAUGACCUUGGUCUCGCUACGGCCAACACUCUGGCUGCUGUGCAGGGCGGCGCGCGUCAGGCUGAAGUUACUAUCAACGGCAUCGGUGAGCGUGCCGGUAACACGGCUCUGGAGGAGCUGGUGAUGGCUCUGAAAACCCGUCCGCAGCACUUCCCUGUGUACACGUCCGUCGACUCGACGCAGAUCACGCGUUGCAGCCGCAUGGUGAGCCACUACACCGGUAUGUCCAUCCAGCCCAACAAGGCCAUUGUGGGAUCCAACGCCUUCGCUCACGAGUCUGGUAUCCACCAGGACGGUGUGUUGAAGCACCAGGCCACGUACGAGAUCAUGCUGCCGGAGUCUGUCGGUCUGAGCGAGAAUAAGAUGGUGCUCGGCAAGCACUCGGGUCGUCACGCUUACAGCAAGCGUCUCCAGCAGCUUGGCUACACCAACCUCACCCCGGAGGAGCUCGACUACUACGUCGAGAAGUUCAAAGUGCUGGCUGACGAGAAGAAGACGGUCACGGAUGCUGACAUGGAGGCGAUUGUGUCGGAUGAGCUGUUCAAGCCCGAGACGUUCUGGACGCUACAGUCCGUGCACGUCACUGCUGGCAACCUCGUGAAGCCGACGGCUACCGUCACGCUUGCGCACAAGGACGGCCAGGAGGUGAGCGAGGCUGCCAUGGGAACUGGUCCGAUUGACGCCAUCUACGUUGCUAUCAAGCGUGCAACGGGCAUGGAGAGCAUCAAGCUGAACGACUUUUCUGUGGAGAGUGUCACGGAUGGCACUUACGCUCUGGGUGAGGUCACUGUGCGAGUGCAGGAGGACAAGGAAGAGGAGGAGAAGACGGAGGGCGAGAAGCACGUGAACGCGCAGACGGGUGUCACGCGUGACCGCCAGUUCGUCGGCCACGGUGCUAAUACGGAUAUCCUGGUUGCCUCUGCUACAGCUUACGUGAACGCUGUAAACCGCAUGAUGGCAUCGCAGUCACGCGCUGGUGCCGAGGGUCGGGUGGACGCCUAAGAUUAUGAGAAUACAACAUCCAAGUAACAAGGACCUCGCCUCAAGCAAUUGCAGAUCUGAGCAAGGAAUUAUCGUCGACGAAUGAAACCAAGCGAGAAAGGUACCCGAUUGUGAUGGCGAGUGUGCCGUGCGUAUGUAUUAUCUAAUCGGUGUGAAGAAGCAUUACGCCAGCAGAAUGAACAGCAAACAAUAUUUCGCGAUCUGGAGCGAAUGUCUCUAUUAA